AGUACGGAAUAUUCACAAACAUCGGAUGGCCGCGACAUAUCAUGAACGGUGAUUUGUUGAAACUAUAGUUUUAUUACAUUUCGGAAUGUUUAAUAGGAAUAUGUUUUCAGUGUUGUGUUACGUAUUGUGAUAUUGUUACUGUGAACCAAAUUAUACGUUAGUAUUAAACUAUAUGGAAAUGCAAUUUCGACAAGUAUCUUUUGUUUUCUUAAUAUCGCUGACCGCAUGUUUUGCUGUACAAUUUCUCACGAACCCAACGUCAGAAAUGUCAACCGAUGACAAAAGUAUGGAGAAAAGUAAUAAAACUGAGCAGUCCGACGAAAGCGGUCAUGAGAUAGAAAUAGAUGAAGAGUCGAAGGAUAAAAAGUUUUUAGAUUAUGCAAUGAAAACUGUCUUAGAUCCAGACACAGUUAUAAUUAAGCAUGACGAUGUAGAUACUUUUAAGGUUCAAUUAGAGGAGUUGGAUAAAGAAAAUGCAACACUUGAAAUCUUCAUGGAAGAAAUGGAUAAGCUGAGUCUUGAUGUGUGUAAAACAUCUCAAGAAGCUUUGUGGGCAUACGUUACAGAUACAAGUAAUGAUGUAAAGAAAAAUAAAAUGGUCCAAAUAGCCGCCGAGGAGGAUGAUAUCAAACGUCAAUAUUGGAAUAUAAUAAAGAGAAAAUACAAAAAUGAAAUCGAUAAUAAUAACGAUUUAAGAUUGAAAAGAAAACUAAGAAUAAUUAAAGAGAGGGGAACCAAUGUUCAAAUGCCACAGAGUAAACAACGGGAAGAAAUUGAUUUGAUGCAACGCAUUUGGAGUCGAGUUACAGUUUGCGCGUACAAGUCCUCGUGUGACACUGAAGAUUCAUCUCUUACUAUGAAUGACAUCAUAACUUUGUUUAAAACGAGCAACAAUUCAGAAGAACUAAAGUACUACUGGAAAGCAUACAGGGAUGCAACGGGAAAGAAAGUUCGACCGAUAUUUAAAGAUUAUCUCUUACGAAUGAAUACGGCAGCUCAGGAAGAAGGUUUCAAAGAUGCGGGUGAUAUGUGGCGAUAUAACUAUGAAGAUGAUGAUUUUCUUAAUACAGUUGAUAGAUUAUGGACUGAAGUUAAGCCACUGUAUACCUUGUUACACCGUUAUGUACGGGCUAAGUUGGAACAUUUGUACAAACGUGAUCUUCAGAAGAACGAUGGUUUAAUACCAGGACAUAUUUUAGGAAAUCUAUGGGCCCAAGAAUGGCAGGCAAUAUACCCCUUAGUGGUUCCAUACCCUGAUGUCAAACGGGAUAAUUUCACCAAGUUCACAGCUAUGAGUUUAUUUGACUCGGUAGAUGAAUUUUACAUAUCGCUGGGCUUUGAAAGCGCUAAAGAGUCCUACGAAAAUAUCAACGAAGCACCGACCACGGCUAAUUGUCUACCUUCUAGCCAUGACAUGUGCGACGGUGUUAAUUACAGGAUUAAAUGGUGUGGUGAAAAGUUGACCGACCCAGUAGCCGGACUCUCACGCGCAGCACGAUUGUUGGGGCAUGUCCAGUAUUUCCGGCAUUAUAGUAACUUACCGCCAUUAUUUAGAGAUGGUCCGAACCCUGCAUUUCACGACGCCAUAAGCGACAUUGUUGCAGUGCAGCUGGCGUCACCAUGGAUAUUAAACCCUCUAGGAAACUGUGAAGAAUUAAUGAUUAACCAUCUUCUAUGGCUGGCGUUGGAGAAGAUUCCGUUGAUGGGCUACGCUUAUGCCCUUGAUAAAUGGAGAUGGGACGUUUUUGCUAAUAGUACUGAGAACUUGAAUGAACAUUGGUGGAACAUCAGGAUACGAGAGACAAUGAUUUCGCCACCGAGUCCCCGCAAUGAAAGCGAUUUAGAUCCGGCUUCGAAGUAUCAUGUGGUUUCACACGUGCAAUACAUAACGUACCUAAUUUCACACAUACUGGAAUUUCAAAUACUACGAUCUUUAUGUAAAGCAGUGAACCAUACAGGACCACUUCACGAAUGCUCCAUAUACAGAAAUAAGGAAGCGGGAAAACUUCUAAGUAAGGGAAUGUCGCUUGGCGCAAGCGAAGACUGGAGGAGCGUUCUGGAAGCAAUGACCGGUGAAACUGAACUGUCAACUGAAGGGAUCUUGGAAUAUUUCGCUCCCUUACAAUCAUUCUUGACAAAUGAAACUUUAAAAUUCGAAAGGGCUAACGAAGAUUUAGACAAAAGUGCACCUAUUAUAGUCGGUAUCAUUGUUAUUGUCUUAACGGGUUUAAUGUUGUUAUUGUACUGUAUAAAAAAGCGUGAUAAAUUAAGAAAAUUAUUAUCCAUAUGCGGUCUUAGUAAAAAUGGCUCUUUAGAUAUUGUAACUAAUGAAUUAUCCAAUAAUAAAUCAAAUGAAGUCCACGGUAUCAGUGAAGACAAAGUGUGAAAAUAUUGUAUGGGCGAUUCUAUUUUCUUAUGAAAGCGAUUUUUUUUUUGUAUUUUUAAAAUUAACUCCUAUUACACUAUUUCAACUAUAGCAAUGAAUGCUGGUGGAUAAGACAAAUAAAAAUAAUAAGUUUAUUAACAAAGAUAUUAAGAACAUGUAAAUAUAUAUAAAAAAAACCUCUAUUGGGCCAUUGUGUGUGCAUCUAAAAUGUUAAAAAAUUUAGCGUCCAUAUGAUGAGUUAUGAGUGUAUAUUUCAGACUUCAAAUUGUAAUCUUUGGGUCCUUUGAAAUCGGUUAAAAGGCGUUAAAUAUGUAGUUUUUAUACAGGUUAAAUUUUAUUUUAACACACUUAAAACUUUUUAGUAGUUAGUGACUUUUAAAUAAAUAUACUAU